AUGACAAUCAAAAAACUUAAAGGAGGAUCUUUUAAAACUUUAGAUUUAAACUUUAAAUUACUGGAAAACAUUCCAUUUAACAAUCCUACACCUAUUCAGAGAAAAACAUUACCAGAUAUUUUAGAUGGGAAGUCUUUAAUGGUUAUUGCUAGAACUGGUAGUGGAAAGACACUGUGUUAUUUAAUACCUGCUAUUGAAAGAGCUUUAGAAGGUAAGAAUUCUUUGAUAUUGUUGCCAACUAAAGAGUUAGUUAUUCAAGUAAAAGGAUUGUAUAAGAAAUUGACUAAAAAAUUAAAACAUGAAGGAAAAAUUGAUAUUAUGACUUUGAAGAGUGAUUUUGAUGCAUCUAUUUAUAACUUUUGUGCAGUUGAUGAAUUUGAUCGUAUUUUAGAAGAACCUUCUCUUAAUGAACAUUUUGAAAAAAUUAGUGAGAAGUUAAACUGUCAAAAAAUUUACUUGUCUGCUACUUUACCAAAUGAUCCAAUUGAUAUGAAAAUGAUUAUGAUUGAGACUAAAAUACCAGAAACAAUUACACACUCUUUUUAUUAUGUUCCAUCCGACUGUAAGGAAGCGGCAUUACUUAAUUUGAUAGAUAAGAACAAAAGAACUAUUAUUUUUACUGCUACUAGAUAUAGUGUGGAUCUUAUUGUUGCUGUUUUGGAGAAGUAUAACUAUGAAAGUAAAGGAAUAUACAGUUCUAUGGAUGACGAGGCAAGACGCUCUCAUUUUAAUAUGUUUAUUCAAAAACAGAUUAAUUUUUUAGUUGUAACUGAUGUUGCGGCAAGAGGAUUGACAUACCAGAAUUAG